GAGGCGUUUUGAAUUUCUUUAUGGUUGAAUUUACUGCUCUUCCUUUUUAUGACACCGAAAAGCCUUCACCACUUUGAGAUUAUACAGGUUUUACUAAUGAUUCCCACUGGUACUUUAGAAUAAGUUAUAUUUUAAAGAAAUCUGUUGGUACUUUUAUUAUGAUCCAGUUAAUGAUUACAUUUAAUUAGGGGGAAUGGACACCUUUAUGAUGUAGGAUCUUACUGUAGGCCUUCCCAUUUGUUCCUCUUUCAUUUUUCCCCCUUGCCAGCACUUUAUAAGUUUUUUCAUAAAAUAUUUGCAUUUUUAUUAACUUUAUUCUUAUUUAGUAAUUUACUGCUAUUGAAGAUGGAAUUUUUUUCCAUUAUUUCAUCUUUUUUCUCUUGAGUUUGUUGAUAUUUCGCACUUUUCUUAUUUUGUGUAUUUGGGAUUGCUCCUUUUUCUCCUUAAUUAACGUAGCUAAUGUUUAUCAAUUUUUAUUGUGAAAGAAUAACUUUUUAAUGUCUGUAGUAACAUCUCGAUUAUCCUUGACAUUGGUUUUUGUUUUUUUUUUUUUUUGGCUGCGUUGGGUCUUCAUCGCUGGGUUGCCGUGAGCGGGGGCUACUCUUCGUUGCGGUGCACAGGCCUCUCAUUGCAGUGGCCCCCCUUGUUGCAGAGACUGGCUCCAGGCGCGUGGGCCUCAGCAGCUGUGGCACAUGGGCUCUAGAGCGCAGGCUCAGCAAUUGUGGCACACAGGCCCAGUUGCUCUGCGGCGUGUGGGAUCUUCCUGGACCAGGGAUCGAACCCGUGUCCCCUGCAUUGGCAGGCAGAUUCUUAACUACCGUGCCACCAGGGAAGUCCCAAACACAUUGCUUUUAGACAGCACAUGGUUUGGUCUUUUUUAUCCAGUUUGGCAACCUUUGUCGUUUAGUUGGUGUGUUUGUACAAUGAAUUAUUGACAUGGUUGGGUUAAAAUCUACCAUCUUGCUAGUAUUUUUCUACUUGGCCCAUCUGGUCUUUGUUCCUAUUUUCCUCUUUUUCUGACUGCUUUUGGAUUUAGUGGUAGUUUUUCAUGAUUCCAUAUUUUUCUCCACUAUUUGGUUAUUGUUUAUACCUCUUUAAAUUUUUUUGUGGUUGCCCUAAGGUUUAAAUAAACUUCUUGUGUGAAUCACAGUGAACCUUUAAAUAUAGUCUACUGCUUUGUGUGUAAUGUAAGUUCCUUAAAACAAUAUACUGCCAUCAACAAUUUCAUCAUCUCAUCUAUGUGCUAUUAUUGUCAUAUAUUUUACAUAUGCUCUAAGUUCACAAAACUUUUCUACUCUUUUUGCUUUAGACAGUCAAGUAUCUUUUAGAUUGAUAAAAAGUAAGAAAAAAAUGUCUUUUAUAUUUCUCUUCAUUUUAACCAUUCCCAGAGAUCUUUAUUUCUUUGUGUAGAUCCACAUUUCUGUCUGUUAUAUUCCUUCUACCUGAAGAACUUCUUUAAAUAUUUCUUGUAGUACAGGUCUACUGGUAAUGAAUUUUCUGUUUUUGUUUGUUUGAAAAGGUUUUGAUUUUCACUUUUAUUUUUUGAAAGAUGUAUUUGCUGGGUAUAGAAUACUGGAUUGGUAGUUUUUUCUUUUUUUUUUUCUUUUCUUUUUUAAAACACUUUAAAGAUGUCACUACAUUGUCUUCCAGCUUGUAUAGUUUCUGAUGAGAAAUUCUCUGUGAUUCUUUAAUUCAGUUCCAGAUCACUGCAAUAAAGCAAGUCACAUGAAUAUUUUGGUUUCUCAGUGCAUAUAAAAGUCAUGUUUACCUUAUACUGCAGUCUAUUAAGUGUGCAAUAUCAUUAUGUCUAAAAAACAAUGUGCAUACCUUAAUUUAAAAGUACUUUAUUAUUAAAAUAUGCUGACCAUCAUCUGACAAUGCAAAGUUACCACAAACCUUCAAUUUGUUUAAAAAAAAAAGCAAUCUGUGACGAGCAAUAAAAUGAGGUAUGUCUGUAUGUAACGUGUCAGGGUUUUUUUCUGGCUGCUUUCAAGAAUUUCUCUCUAACUUAGGUUUCCAUUGGUUUGAAUAUGAUAUGUCCAGGUGUGUCCAUUUUAUUUUGUUUUUUGAUAUUUAUCCUUUUUGGAUAAAUUAUCUGAGUUUCUUGGAUCUGUGCUUUGAUAUCAUUCAGUAUUUUUGGAAAAUCCUUGGUCAUUGUCUUCAAUACUUCUUCUGUCCCAUUUUCUCUUCUUUUGGGAUCCCAAUACAUUUUUAAAAAGAUUUAUUAUUUAUUUAUUUUAUUUUAUUUAUUUUUGGCUACGUCAGGUCUUAGUUGCAGCACGCAGGAUCUUUUGUUGCAGCACGUCGGCACUUCGUUGCAGCACAUGGGCUUCUCUCUAGCUGUGGCAUGCGGGUUUUUCUCUCUCUAGUUGUGGUGCGUGGGCUGUGUAGUUUGUGGCACACGGGCUCUCUAGUUGAGGCUCGUGAGCUCAGUAGUUGUGGUGCAAGGGCUUAAUUGCCCUGUGGCAUGUGGGAUCUUAGCUCCCCAACCAGGGAUCGAACCCGCGUUCCCUGCAUUGGGAGGCAGAUUCUUUACUACUGGACCACCAGGAAAGUCCCUGGGAUCCCAAUACAUUUUUGUUAGGCCAUUUGAUAUUGCACUACAGCCCUUGGAUUCUCUGUCCUUUUUUUUCCCCCUUUGCUUUCUCUUUGUGUCUCAGUUUGGGUAAUUUCUUUUGAUCUGUCUUCAGAUUUACUGAAAAUUUCCUCAACUCUGUUGUAAUACCUAUUGAAGGUAUUCUUUCAACUCUGUUACUGUGCUUUUCUUAGCAUUUCCAUUUUUUUCUUGAAGUUUCCAUCUCUUGAAAUUCUCUGUUCAUUCAUUUUGUAAAUCUUUUCCUUUAAAGCUUUAAUAUAUGAAUCAUAGUUUUAAAUUCCCUGUCCGAUAAUUUAAUCAGUUAUGGUUUCUUUUGACUUUUGUCAGUUGAUAGUGGGUUGUCUUAUUCUUACCUUUUCGGAUAUUUCAUAAUGCUUGAUUGAAAGUGAGUGCUGCCAGCAUGAUCCUUUUUGCCACUUCUGAACAGGCAAAAGGACUAGCUCAGGACGUGGUAUUUUCUCAGGUGAUGUGUAAGGAUUUCCAAACAAGUCAUUCUAGAAGUUCUGAGGCAGGUCAGAUCUUUAAUAACAAUACGUUUCUUUUUCCUCUAUUUCAGUUCUGCCUUCAUAGUUCUCUGCCUUUAUCCAAAAGCUACAGAAAAUGAACAAAUCCCAGAAUGAAUAGCAAUAUGCCAUUUCAGGGAUCAGUGUCAUUCACGGAUGUGACUGUGGACUUCACCCAGGAGGAAUGGGAGCAACUGGACCCCUCUCAGAGGAUCCUCUACAUGGACGUGAUGCUGGAGAAUUACAGCAACUUACUUUCAGUGGGCUUUCUGAAGUCCAAGCAGUUAGGAGCUGUGUUCCAUAAUCAAGUUCUCUGAUAUUAUCAAACCAGAUUUUCAUGUUGGAUCAGUGAGAAGAGUUAUGGAUACCAGAGUUAGAAUUUCCAGUUCACAACUUUCUAGGGAAGAUCUGGAAGGUCGGAAGGAGAAUCAGAUAGAAGCCAGUGGAAGUAAUAUCCUAGAGAUUAUGAAUGGAAUCUAUGAAUUUCUGGAUUGUGCCUUCCACUUGGAAAAGUCCUACUUGGGAGAUUUGGAGCUCUGCAUAGGGUUCUCUCUGCAAACCUGUGAGAAAGGUUGCCUUUAGGACGUUAUUGGUGCAGAUGAGAAAAGGAGAGAAAAGGGGAAGGAGCCUCGAGCAUGUAGAGGUAUGGAAGGCUGAUGACCAGAUGGAGAGGGACCACAGAAACCCAGAUGAGCAGGCAAGGCCAUUUAUCGUCUUUAAGAACCAAACCCCAGUUGAAGAAAGAGAUAAUCUCUUUGGAAAAACAUUUAAUCUUAGCACAGACUUUGUUUCUUUAAGACAAGUACCCUAUAAAUAUGACUUAUAUGAAAAAACUUUGAGAUAUAAUUCAGACUUACUUACUAGCGAUAGAAGCUACAUCAGAAAGAAAGACGAUGACUGUAAUGGAUUUGGAAAAGCACUCCUCUACCUGAAGCAAGAGAAAACGCAUACUGGAGUGGAAUACUCUGACUAUAAUAGAAGUGGAAAAGCCUUUAGCCAUAAAGAAGGCAUUUUUAAACACCAGAAAAUCAGAAAUUUGGUGCAACCUUUUAUCUGUAAUUAUUGUGACAAGGCGUUCUCAUUUAAAUCACUCCUUAUUAGUCAUAAGAGAAUACAUACUGGAGAAAAACCUUAUGAAUGUAAUGUGUGUAAGAAAACCUUCUCCCAUAAGGCAAACCUCAUUAAACAUCAGAGAAUCCAUACUGGGGAGAAACCCUUUGAAUGUCUUGAAUGUGGAAAAGCUUUCACCCACCAGUCAAACCUCAUUGUACACCAGCGAGCACAUAUGGAGAAGAAGCCCUACGAAUGCAGUGAAUGUGGCAAGACCUUUGCCCAGAAAUUUGAACUUACUACACACCAGAGAAUUCAUACCGGAGAACGACCCUAUGAGUGUAAUGAAUGCGCCAAAACCUUCUUCAAGAAAUCAAACCUCAUUAUACACCAGAAAAUUCACACAGGGGAGAAACGCUAUGAGUGCAGUGAAUGUGGAAAAUCCUUUAUCCAGAACUCACAACUCAUUAUACAUAUGAGAACUCAUACCGGAGAAAAACCCUAUGAAUGUACUGAAUGCGGCAAAACAUUCAGCCAGAGGUCAACUCUUAGAUUACAUUUGCGAAUCCACACAGGAGAGAAACCAUAUGAGUGUUCUGAAUGUGGGAAGGCCUUCAGCAGGAAGUCCCGACUCGGUGUCCAUCAGAGGGUUCAUACCGGGGAUAAACCCUGAGACUGCAGCCAGGUUGUACUGUGAGAACCCUUCCAUUGGGGAGAAACCUCGAGAAGGUGCUGAAGGAACAUGGGAACUCAUACUGAGAUACAAUCUGUCUACUCAAAACUGUGUAAAAAUGAGGCCCCCUAAGAACAAUAUUGUACUGAUAGUUAGGUAUAUGAUACCCAACUAAAGAAUACAUAUCAGAAUAUAUCCAAUUGUAAAUAGACGUACUUGGCUGUAUUACAGUGAGUUUUUAAAAAUCUUGAAUAAUUCAUUCAAUAAUGAAAUAUUCUGGGCAGCAAGCAGCAUAAAGGAGCUAGAGACAGUACCCUAGGAAUUCAGUGGUUAUGUGUGAGAAUAUGCCACCAAAAAAAUAACUGUAUAUUUUAGAUCUGCACAUGUAAAUUUAACAGACACUAAGAGUUUGGAAUUCUUGUCUUGAUAAUCAAAUUAGGACACAUCAAACAUGAUUUUCCAUACUGAACAUGUGUUUUUCAGUACCUUUACAAUCCAGUCUGCAUUCCAAAUGAAACACAUAACAGAUUUUCAUAGCAUGUAGCAUAUGUUUUCUCCUCCUCCUUGCUGGCAUAUAUAAGUUGGUAUGACCAUUGUUAUUGAGCUGCCUCUUCAGUCAACAGAAGACAAUGUUGAAGUUUCAACCUUCUGGGUUUGCUGAAGAUUUCCUAGAAGUAUUAUUGACAUAAAUAUGCAAGUGUGAGAUAAUUGAGAGAGACUGAAGAGAGUGAAAGGCAGCAGAUGUGGGUUCUAUCACUCAGUGUGCACCACGGAAUAAAUGGGCUGUGUAAAGAAUAGCCACACCCAUCAUGCUCUUGUUAUUUUCCACUGGGAUAUUUACAUACAAAUGCAAAUGCAUGUCUUUUACCAAAAUAUUGUAUAACCCAGAAACUACGUGUAUUUUUGGGUGUUUCCCUAUUUCUCUUAAUAUUUUAUAAAUUGUCUUGCAAAAAAAUAGGAUGCAUAUGUAGUUCAAGUGUUACAUUUCAGAGACUUUAGAGGAAAAAUAAUUUAAGAAACUGUCAAUAAAUGUCUCAUAUUGCUUUUUAAAUUUUCCAUGUGCUUAGUCCACUUUAGAAAUAAAUUUUUGCAGAAUUCUGUUUAAAGGAGGCAUUUCUUCCAUGAGUUUCACUAUCAUCAACCAAAAGCAUUUCCCUUUAGAACCUGAGUUAGCGUAAGUUACAACUUUGCUUUAAAGGCUCACAAACACUUCAUAAAUUAGACUUUAGUGAUCUCCCCAUAUAUUUAUUAUUAACCUAAAAAAAUUUCUUAUUUUUGCAUAACUCAGAUUCCAUUUUAGGCUUGAUUUCAAAUUCACCAGUUCCUUUCCUUAUCCAUCACAAAUCAUGCAUUAGAAUUGUAAAUGGCCACUGUAACUGGCCUUUUUUUCUUUUGUUUUUGAAGAUUAUUGAUGUGCUAUGACUGUAUAUGAACGUGAAUGAUUUUUCUGAACAAAUUUAUCAGAAUAUCCUUAGUCCAGUAAGUCUUUGUCUUUCUAAAUUGUCAUCUUAUCUAUACUAAUGGCAAGGAAGCAAGGGAAGAGGUUAACUUCCUACACUGCUGUUAGAAAUACAAAUUGUGACAACCUCCUUGGAAAUAAUUGUGACUCUGUCUUUUAACGUUAAGAACACACAUGCAGUUGACUCUUGAACAGCACCAGUUUAAUAUGCGCAGGUCCGCUCAUACACGGAUUUUUUUCAGUAAGUUCUACAGUCCUACACAAUCCACGGUUGGUUGAAUCUGUAGAUGCAGAGCCUUGGAUACGGAGGACUGACUUUAUACUUGGGUUUUCGACUACACUGAAGAUCCGUGCCUUUAACCCCUGUGUUAUUCAAGGGCCAACUAUACUCUUCAACCCAGCAGACUCAUUUCUGGGAAUCCAUCCCUAAGAAAAAAAAUAAAGUGCCAGUACCUAAGACUAUGUGUUUAUCAAUGUAUAUUGUAUUUUUUGGUAAGGACAAAAAAGGAAACAAUGUGAACGACCAUCAGUAAGGAAUGAUUGAACAAACUGUGGUAAAGAUAUACCAUAGCUGGACAGUAUUCCAUGGGAAAGAGCA